AUCAUGCAGAAGGGUGCGACCAAGCUUUGCACGUUCUCUUUCCAUUUGUGUAGCGGUAGAUUAUUGUCCAGCAAGUAUUGCUGGGUUUAAAGAGACGAUCUAACUAAUGGUUUUAUAGUGAGAAGCUUGCUUAAUUGAGAAACCAGUCGAGUUACAUAAGUAACUAGCUAGCUAGCGUGAGCUAGCUAAAUAUGAGCACACAGACACUAGCUACCGUUCAACAACGUCAAGCUCAGAUUCUAGUGGCGGGGUAGAGUGUGCUCUACCGGCUGAAAUUCCAGCCCGUUCCCUGUAUUUCCUUUAGCCACCGAGGGCCGCUUUUUAGUGAAAAGGAGAGGGGAAAGCAGCCUUUGCUCAGCGUAACCGAGACUGCAGAGCUCUAAAGGUCCCCCGUAACACGAAGAAGAAAAGGAGGGUGCCCACAAUCUGCUGGAGAGGAGCGGACCACCAUGUGGAGACUGUAGGCAUUCGCCAUAGCAUGGCUGCUCCUCGCUCCACGCGCGUUACAAGAUCAUCCGUGGGGAUCAAUGGAUUGGACGAGAACUUCUGUGGCCGGACGCUCAGGAACCGCAGCAUCGCGCAGCCGGAGGAGUCCCAGGCCGUGCCGCUGCCCCGAGCGCGCUCGCCCAAGAAGAGGCAGGAGUGCCCCCCGAAUCAGCAGCCGCAGCCCCCCCAGAAGGGCCCCCUGUCCGGGCGGCAGGGCCCGGAGGAGCAAUGGCUGAGCCCCCGCAAGCGGGUCCUCUCCUGCUCGGAGAGGGACUGCCCUGAGGGCGGCGGGGGGCGGGGCCCCGCGGAGGCCUCCCACAUCCAGAAGAGGGCGAAGCGCUGCUCGCGCUCGGGCGACGCGCCCGGGUCCGACGAGGACUCCCCCGGCAAGGCCGAGCGACCCGCCCGCGACCCGACGGAAGGCGAGCGAGCGCCCGGGGAGAGCGACGAGGACACGCCCGCCCACAGGCCGGACAGGCUCCGCCCCCCGCCGGACGAGCGGGACCGGGAGGAAAACGCGGGCGGGGCGGCGGAAGGGGACGACCCCCCGGCGUCCGCCGACGAGCCCCGCAAGGUCGCCAACGGGCUGGACGGGCGGCGGUCGGCGGACGCGGGGGCCUGCCCCGAGAGCUCCGAGCCGAGCCCGGGGGACGCCCGCGUGCCCUCCGACGAGUGCCAGAGGAACAGUACCCUGGCGCUGCCCAACGGCGGCCAGGCGGACUCCGCGACGCCCUCGGACCCCCAUGUGCCUUGUAAAAACUCCAACCCCGAGCGGGUGGAGCCUGGCGGCCCGGUGAUGGCUGAGGAGCCGCCCACCCCCUCCCCCGCCCCCUCGGGAGCCCCGCCCCCGGCCAGGGAGCCGGAGGAGGAGGUGGACGUGGUGGGGGACGCGGGGUGCCGGCCGCAGGAGCGCGCGCCGGAGAGUGCUAACGGCGGCCCGGGCGCGGCGCGGGGCGGCUCACACAUCUCAGGGGAAGCCCGGCCGCCCGCCCCCGCCCCCGAGCCCGAGGCGGCCCCAGACCCCGCCCCCGACCCCUCCCCCACCCUCGCAGACGCCCCCUCUUUCACCGAACCUCAAGAACACAGAUACACACUGAGAACUUCGCCCCGGAGGCCGGCCUGCUCCAAGCCCCCCUCCCCCUCCGUGGGCAACGGCCCGCACAAGGAGGACGACGGCCGGGCGGGGCCGGCGGAGGAGGAGGCCUCCCCAAAAACGGACGGGCCCCCCUCCUCUGGGCGGGGCCCCGCCAGCGGGCAGGGCACGGAAUGUUCCGGGGAGGCAGCGGACACGGCGGGUGGGGAGGCGGGCGUGUCGGAGGCCAGCGUUCCCAAAUCCACCAAAGAGCCGGCGGGGAGCCAGGCGGCCGAGGAAGACGAAGACGAAGAGGACCCGGACGUGUAUUAUUUUGAGUCGGAUCACUUGGCUUUGAAACACAACAAAGAUUACCAGAGGCUGCUGCAGACCAUCAGUGUGCUGGAGGCCCAGCGCACCCAAGCCGUCCUGGACCUGGAGUCCCUGGCCCGCCACCAGAGGGAGGCCCUCAGGGACCCCAUCAGCUUUGUGGAGAAGCUGCAGAAGCAGGUGGGGAUGGGCUUGCCCUGCCCCCAGCGCGUGGUCCAGCUCCCGGACAUCGCGUGGGACCAGUACACCUCGGGCCUGGGCGACUUCGAGAGGGAGUUCCGCGACAAGAAGCGCAACACCAGGCGGCUGAAGCUCAUCUUCGAUAAAGUUGGGCUGCCCGCUCGACCAAAAAGCCCUCUGGAUUCCAGAAAGGAAGGAGAGCCUUCGGCGCUGUACUCUGCGCUGCCCUCUAGUGACGCUCCGGAGCACAGCGCCUCCAGCAGCCGGACUCAGAUGAUAAGAGGGAGGGUUUGUGAUCAGAAUAAACCGGACACCUUUAAUCAGCUGUGGACCGUGGAGGAGCAGAAACGGCUGGAGCAGCUGCUUCUCAAGUUCCCCCCGGAGGAGGUGGAGUCCAAGCGCUGGCAGAAGAUCGCGGACGAGCUGGGCAACAGGACAGCCAAACAGGUCGCCAGCAGGGUGCAGAAGUACUUCAUAAAACUGACAAAAGCGGGAAUCCCAGUGCCCGGAAGAACGCCCAACCUGUGCAUGUACAGCAAAAAGGCCUCCAGCAAGAGACAACACCACCUGAACAAGCACCUGUACCGGCCCUCCACCUUCCUGACCUCCUACGAGCCGCCCGUCUACAUGGACGACGAGGAUGACCGCUCCAGCUUCUACAGCGGCCUGCAGGACCCCACGGCGGAGGACUCUGACGAGGACGGCAUUCCGGUGGAAUACCGGGGUUUGCCGGAGUACAAGGAGCUGCUGGAGCUGAAGAAACUGAAGAAGCAGAAGAUCCACGAGAUCCGAGCGGAGAACGCGCUGGCGCAGCACAUGGGGUACAAGUGCGACGGCUGUGGGACGGAGCCCAUACAGGGCGUGCGGUGGCACUGCAGGGACUGCCCGCCGGACCUCGCCGUCGACUUCUGCAGCAACUGCUCCGACUGCCUGUACAAGACCGAGGCCCACAAGCCCAGCCACCAGCUGGAGCCCGUUUUCCAGCCGGAGUCGUUCCUGGACAGAGACUACUGCCUGCCGCAGAGCGCCGGCUACAACUACCUGGACCCCAACUAUUUCCCCGCCAACAGAUGACAGGGGCGAACAGGCCAGCUCCAGGGCCCCGCCGCGUCCAACAGGGGAACUUCUCACACGGCUCCGUCGUCCACGUUCAGCGCUCGGGAUCGGCAGUGGGGGGGCGGGGCUAGGGCGCCGCCCGAGGGCGACCCGCCCCCGCCGGGCGCCGCCCCGCUCGCAGAGUCCCCGGCCACGCCUCACUGCGGUCGUCGUAGCGACAGGUCUCCAAAAUAACACAGGCACACCGACAUUCCCCGAACCCGAGGAGCCGAAGGCGCCUUCUCCGCGCGGCUUCGGGCCGGCGAACCUCCGCUGGCGUCGUUAUAAAGGGUGUGUAGUCAAGCUCACUGUCUCGUAGUCCUGUAGUCAACCCAAUUUCACUUGGACAGGAGGCUGGUCUCGUAUCGUAACACUUAACACGAUAUAGCUAGGUGUCUGUAGAUGAGUAUUUAUAUGCGAACCAGCGAGAUCUCGUCACGAAUUGAAAGGAAACUGGGAUGGAGGGACCAGUGACUUUGAUUCAGUCUAGGUUUUUAACCGAUCAGUGUUGGCUAAUACAGUAAAAAAAAAAAACAAAAAAAAAAACUAAAACAAACGAAACAUUAAAAAAAGACAAAUUCUGUACGAAGCUCCUGUUAAUGGACACCACCGAUGUCUCACAGUGGACCACCACUUUCACAAAGAGCUGCUUUUUUCCUCACCUCCCAAUCAUUGUGUUCUUUCUUCUUUUUUUUUUUUUGUUUUGUUUGUUUUAACUUUACACCUCAUCACUAAACCGUUUCACUUACCGACACGGAAGCACUACAGCACCAAGAAGACAAGCGACGGGAAAGCCCCCCGCGGGCUGCUUGAGCCGCGGAAGAGCCGCGCGGGACCGGAGAGGCGCGGAGACGUUCUUUUCUCAGUGUGUACUGUUGUAAUCAUGUGGCGUAUACAAAUAUAUGGUGAAAAAAGCGGUAGCCUGUGGUAGUAAGUGUACCAUUUUGUCUGGACCUCCCCCCCCCGCCCCCCCCUCACCCCACCAUGAAAACCCGGUCUGCUUCGUCUCUGCCUCUGCUUUGAAGGAAAGUCGUCGUGGCAACGUUGUCCGUGAACCCGCCUACACAUCGUCCCCCUUUCUUUGAGUUCCCUAAUUUCUGCAGUCUGCGCGAGAUCAACGAACGAUUGUAUUUUUAAUCACCUAUUUAAAAAAAAAAGGAAAAACCUGAGGCGGUCGGUGCAGUGCGCAGAGACACACCCACAUUCUUUUAUACCGGUAGAUUUUGUUGUGCUUUGAGUAGACCAUUUUGUAUGGUUUUGUUUAUCCCCCCCUCUCCCCCGCUUCAAUAUUUGUGUAUACAGUCUGUUCUUAAAUAAUGUUAAAAUGUCAGGAGAACUGUGGAAAUAAAAGUAUGUGGAAAUAGUCUUUA